AUGAUAAAGGGUGUUUUUUCCUCCUUAAUUGCUAACUUCUCAAUGGCUGUACAGUGGUUAUAAAUUUUGUGGAGCACGUAAGAAGGGCUGGUUUGAUUUCUCUCUGGGUUAGAAUGGGUUGUAAUAGAAAGGGCUUGCAAUUUGGCUGAGUGCCUUCACAUCUGCAGGCAUUUUAGGGGCUUUACUUUUUUUCUCCCUCUAGGGUAUGGCAUUGUAGCAUACAAGGAACCACUAUGUGGAAUCUGUCUCUGUGUAGUUUAUCCAUGGAUGACUGGGAGAGCAAUGGCACGUUCAUUCAGAGGCUGGAUUUUUCCAGCUGCGGAGAAGAGAAUGAGUUGGAAGAAGACAACAGCAUGCAAGAGGAAGUGCUGAGAAUUGUAACCCCCCAGAAGAACUGGGAUUCUCAGAGCUGGAGAACGAACUGUCCUGUCCCAGUUACCCCUCAGAGACCGCUAAAUGAUUUCUCUCUGGCUCGCCCAAAGCCCUGGGUGAGUCCUUUAAGGAAAUGCGGGAGACCUGUGAGAGAGAAUGCUGUUGGUUCAGAAGGCUAUCCUGGAACUCCAUUGCAUUACGUCACUUGGCAAAAGCUGCAGCUCUGUGAUACACCACAUACCCCAAAGAGUCUCUUAUCCAAGACGGCUUUCCCUUCACCGGUGGGGAAAUUCCCUGCCAAAGGGAUGAGAAACUUGCGGUUCACUUCUUGUGCUGAGCCAGAGGAACCUAUCCCUGCCUCAUUGGUUAAUAUCAACCCGUUUACACCAGAAUCCUAUCGGCAGAUGGUUUUCCAUCCCAGCAGCAAGAGGAAAGCCAGAGGGGAGCUGGAGGAUCUCGGCCAAAGAGGAAGCCAAGUGGAGCAGGGGGUGCCGGCCAAGAAGUUUCUCUUGCGUGACAACAACAUGGUGUCCCGCUACAAGAAGGAGUUCCUGGAGCUGGAAAAAAUUGGAGUGGGGGAGUUUGGCUCCGUAUACAAGUGCAUCAAAAGGCUGGAUGGCUGCGUCUAUGCUAUCAAGCGCUCAAAGAGACCUCUUGCUGGAUCAUCAGAUGAGCAAAUGGCUUUGCGGGAAGUUUAUGCCCAUGCAGUGCUUGGUCAUCACCCCCAUGUGGUACGCUACUAUUCUGCUUGGGCAGAAGAUGAUCAUAUGAUCAUUCAGAAUGAACACUGCAAUGGUGGGAGCCUUCAGGAUGUGCUUUUGGAAAAGGCAAAGACUGCAGAUUACCUCAAAGAACCAGAGCUGAAGGAGAUCUUGCUGCAGGUGUCCAUGGGCCUGAAAUAUAUUCAUGCCUCUGGCCUGGUUCACUUGGACAUCAAACCUAGCAAUAUUUUUAUAUGUCACAAGCUGGUUGGACCUGCUGGUGAGGAAGACAGUGAUAGUGAAGAUGAUGGAUUUGCCUCUUCUAACGUGGUGUAUAAAAUUGGGGACCUGGGGCAUGUGACAUCGGUGAUCAAUCCUCAAGUGGAAGAAGGGGAUAGCCGCUUCUUGGCCAAUGAAGUCUUGCAAGAGCAAUACUGCCACCUCCCUAAGGCCGACAUCUUUGCCCUCGCGUUGACCAUUGCCCGAGCAGCAGGCUGUGGGCCACUGCCCCACAAUGAUACCAUGUGGCACCACAUCCGGAAAGGCAACCUGCCACUCAUCCCGCAACAACUUUCGCGCAGCUUUACUGACCUGCUCAAGCUUAUGAUUCAUGCUGAUCCAGUUACCAGGCCUUCAGCUACUGCAUUAACUAAACACCCUGUCCUACGACCUUCUCUUGGCAGAGCUGCCCAACUUCAGAAGCAGCUCAAUGUGGAGAAAUCCAAAACAGCCAUGCUAGAAAGGGAGCUGAGAGCCAUCCGCCUUGCGCAAACCUUCAGGAAGGAUCCCUCUUUGGAACGCGACAAGGCUGGAGCUUCUGGAGCCAAUUCAAAGCAACAGAGCAGCAAGAAACGCCUGGUGGGAGGGAAGAGUGCCCGGUCAUUCAGCUACACUUGCGGUGGCAACUGAAGAACAACCUUUUCAGCUGCUGAAACGUGUUCCUUAAAGCACAGAGCCCCUUCUAAUGAAAGCAUCAUAGCAUCAUGUGCUUGGCCACUACAAUCACAAUAGGCAAGCUUCAUACUGAUCUCUGAUUAAUUAGUAUGAAACCAGCUGUCCCAUUCUGCUUCAUCAGCCUGGCCUCCUCAAAAUGUAUCCUAGGGAAACUAGAAGGUAUAUGCCCCCCCCCCAAGUCUGAAAAAGAGCUUAUUUUCCUUCUUUAGCUUUCAAUGUAACCUGUUUUUAAAGAUCCAUGUAUUUACUACUCCACACUGGGAAUUACCAGUAGUUAUGGGUAAAGGGGAUGUGUGUUCGUCUGUAAGCAGCUUGUUCCUCUUGCUGUUGAGAAAGAGAAGAUACAAGGGAAGAGACAACGAGGUACGACUACUGGGCUAGUCUUUAAGACCUGCCCAAAGAGCCAAAGGAAAUAAACUAGACCACAAAUGUACUUAAUGUGGAAGUGCCAAUGAACAAAGUCCAUCUGAAACAAAUGAAGUAGCCCUGAUGCCAACAGUUAUUGGGGGAAACGUAGACUGAUUGGAGGAAGUUUUUUCCAUUUGUAAUUUUUCUUCCUUUCCCAUCUUAAUUUUAAUACUGGAAAAAUACUGGACAGCCUUGGUCUUGAAGGCAUUUUUAGUCCAGAGUAGAACAUCAGUUUCAUUCCUGAUGUGGUAGUUGGUGACUGAUGUACUAAUAUGAUAGUAGGCGCUAAUGUGACUGUAGGUGACUGAUGUACUAGUAGAUAGUAGGCACUGUUUACAUGCCUGGCUCUUGGGAUGUAUGAGUGUGUACGGUCUUGCAUGCGAGCACAAUGAAGGCAGACAAACGCUUUUAGAUUUCCUCAAUUUCCUGGGGAUUAUAUUAUGUACUGUUCAUAAUAAAAUAAAGUAAACAUGAUGCCCCCUCUGCAGCGUAACUUCUGAUAUUGUCUCAUGAACACCCCUUACGGCUCCAUCAACUAGCUCAGUCUUAAAGAUGUUAUUUUUGGAGUAGUGUCUUCAGAAACGUUUUAAGCUUCUUGAAACAUGUAAACUCCCUGUAAACAUGAAUGAACAUGGCUUUACUUCCGGCUGCUGGACAGCACAAGGUUUUUCGUCCUCGAGGAUGUUCUCCCUUUUUAAAAAGAACGUUACACUUGUGCAAAUAAAGUAUUUUAUGAUCUUGAUUAUCUAAAAAA